AUGAUUGGCGGAUAUUUGUCAUUUCGUUACGGUCCAAAAUUAGUCAUCGGUUUUGCCAUUUUAAUAAGCACAUUGCUAACAUUCAUUUCACCAUUUGCUGCUAAUACAAACGUUUAUUUUUUUAUGAUUGUACGUAUUAUUAUUGGAUUAUCACAGGGAUUAGUAUAUCCAUCGUUGCACUCAUUGUUAGCUCGUUGGACACCGCCAAAAGAGACAACUGUUUUGUGUAGUAUAGCAUAUUCCGGUAAUCAAAUAGGUAAUGUAUUAGUCAUGUCCAUAUCAGCUAUAUUAUGCAAAUAUGGCUUUGCUGGAGGAUGGCCAUCAUUGUACUAUGUAAUAGUGGUAAUACCGUGGCUUCAAAUGUUGACCUCGGCACCAGUCUGGGCUAAUUUUGCAGCUCAUUGGGCCAAUGAUUUUGGUGUGUACAUGUUAACAACAUGUUUGCCAACAUUUCUAAACGAUGUUCGCGGAAUGCAAAUUACAUCUGUUAUUAUUUAA